UUCUGCCACGUCUCUGGACUCACAAGCUUAAUCCGGGAUUAUCGCGCUCGUUUUUGUCAUUGUUCGAUUAUUCUUCCACUUCUUUUCCAUCAUGCCUAGUCAAUCUAAAAGUACCCGGAAGCCGGGGCCAAAAGCUCAGCAUCCCCAGAAGCAAACGAGCAGGUGGUUCCAUCUCGGGCGAGCAGCUGGAUAUCUUGCCCUCGCUGCGCUUGCUUCACCAGUCUCCCAAUUGACUCUUGCGCCGGUCUAUGGCUCAAUACCUUCUUCUCAAUUCCACCAGCGUUCCUUAAGUGCUAUUGCUUUGCUGGCUUUUGUAUGGAAAGGGACGGUGCAGGGCAGACUUUGGCUCAAUCUGGAGCGUCUCCUCCCCGUCAUCGCGUUUUGGAUACCCACGAUACAAUUCUUUCUAUUCUCAUUUAGUUCUAAACUCGGGCCAACCGCAGGGCCAUUACUGACGGAGCUUCUCACUCUCCUUCCGCUUCUAUUUGUGACGUUCUUUUCCGGGGCCGGUCUGGUUGAAAAGGCAGGUUUGACCUCAUCUGGACAUGCGAUCAAAGACGCCUUGCCUGUGGUCGGGUCUUAUAUGGGGUUCUCUCUUCUUCAAAAGUUAUUUUAUGCCACUCUCCCUCACUACAUUGGGACAGCUUCUGCCUUCACCCGAACAGGGUUACAGCUGUUGAUUGCGUGCGCAUUUUCUGCCCUUUCCCCAUCAUGGUUGAUCUUUCUUGCUCUUCCAUCCAUAUUCCAUACAUUCCUGACGAAUCCGCAUUUCGUGGCCGAUACCACUACAGCAGCGCUCAACAAGACGCUUGCACCGCACCAAUUCACACUAUUGGAAAGACAAGAAUCCCUGACCGGGUAUAUCUCCGUCCUAGAAGGCCAAAAUGAUGCCUUCCGUGUCAUGAGAUGUGACCACAGUUUGCUGGGAGGUGAAUGGUUGGUAUCACCGGAUAGAGCCGAACAGGGGCAGAAGGAACCCGAGUCUAUCUAUUCCGUCUUCAACAUGCUGGAAGCUGUCCGGCUAAUCGAGGUUCCGGAUAAACGAGAGGACGCAGAAUCGUCUGCAUUGGUAAUUGGCCUCGGAAUCGGCACCAGUCCAUCAGCCUUCAUCAAGCUGGGGAUCAACACUACUAUUGUGGAAAUAGAUCCUGUUGUGCACUAUUUCGCGACCAAGUACUUCGGUCUUCCCAGCAACCACACAGCCGCCAUCGAGAAUGCCAUACCAUUUGUCAGAAACACCGCUCUGGACCAUCCUUCAUCCUACGACUACAUCAUCCAUGAUGUGUUCACUGGAGGCGCUGAACCGGCCGCUUUGUUUACGCUCGAAUUUCUAGAGGGGUUGAGAUCACUUCUCCGGGAGAAUGGUGCGAUCGCGAUAAACUACGCUGGAGAUCUUGAGUUGCCCUCUGCAAAGAUGGUUCUGAACACAAUACAUACAGUCUUCCCAAACUGCCGGAUCUACCGCGACAGCCCACCGGACCCUGAUGGUGAAACCUUUAUCAACAUGAUCUUGUUCUGCGUAAAAUCAGAAGACUCGAAACUCACUUUCCGGAAGCCUGAGCUGGCGGAUCAUGGCGACAGUCUUGGACGGCAGAGAUAUAUUCCACCAAACCCAGAGUGGGAAAUUGCGAUUGAUUUGACUUCCGAUGAAGCCAGGUCAGCUGGGGUCCUCCGCCGCGGACAGGAAGCGGAGCUGGAGAGGCAUCAGAUUGGGUCUGCUUUGGCGCAUUGGAAAAUUAUGCGAAACGUCUUGCCGGAUAUUGUUUGGGAGACUUGGUAAUCCGAAGCGCUUUCCCGUAGGUGAGAUCAAGCCAAAAGACAAUGGUUUCAAACGAUUGCUAAAAUUUGGUCUCGAUCCAAUUACCGGCUGAACAGGCCUUGAACGGCUCAACCGACCAUUGGAACUGGCAAGAGGAUGAUUACCUUGUCUCUUCGGCGCGUAUCCUUUGAGCCCUCCAAAUAUUGAAGUGGGUGGACACCGGACUGGCAAAUUGAAACUCCUCAUGUUGCUAUCUGUCUGGUCAC